AUGGCAGCUCAGCGUCGCAAAGAAGAGGCAGAGGCGUUCAGCCUUGCGACCCAGCAGGCUCUCAUCUGCGCUCCGGCCUCACCCACCAAGUCUGGUCCACAACACAUCAUCACUCUAGACAGCGAUGACGACGGCCGUGACGAGGCCUGCCACAUCUUACGCAUAWCGCAAGAAGUCCGUGUUCGCAUCUAUUAUUAUGCCAUGAAUGAUGACUUCUACGCCUCGCUGGAUCCAGUCAGCUCCCGCUACCCAGACGCAGUCAAGACAAGAUCCAAGACGCCUGCUCUGAUGAGGGCGUGCAGCCAAAUGCGAAACGAAGCUGGCCGUAUCUGGUACACGGAGACCAUCUUCAUCUACAGACUCGAUGCAAUUCUCUUCAAGUGGCUCCAGCUCAUCGGACCAAUCAACCAGAAGCUCAUUCGGACAGUUCGCAGAGACGUUGUCCUCAUCUCCAAGCGCUGGGCUGAAGCAUACAUCGCAUUCACGCAUUCGCGGCUGAGUGAUCAAAAGCUAUUCUUGGCAGAGGACGCAAUCGAAGUCGCUUUUUGGCAGCCUGCAAUCGCUGCACCGGCAAAGCCCGCAGUAGAGCAGCUUACCGCGAAUGCGGUCCUUGAUGCUGCAGCCAAUGCCGCCGUCGGGCAUGCAGUCGAUCAAGCUGGCAAUCUCGAGGACGAUGGAAUGCUUCUUGAGAACGACGGCUUCCCGGAACGUGCCUUCGAAUUCGACCCUGGCCUGGAGCUUGGACAUUUCGUGGAGAAGUUCCUCGACAAUGUCCAGUCCGAUGAUUUGACCGCGACGGCAGGAAUGAACAGCGUCAUGGGCGAUGAUCCCAGUWUCGUUGAUUCGAAGAGUCCAAGCACCAGCGUCGCCGCAAGUUCGGAGGACUCCAAGCAUGAUGAUGGGGACAAGAAGAAGAAGACGAAGAAGUUCGCCAGAAGCUCGGCCAGCAGUGUUGCUGAUAGCAAUGCAAGCGCCAAGAGUGGUGAGAAGGAGAAGGCUGAGAAGAAAAAGGCCGAGAAACAGAAGAGUUCUCCAAGCAGUCUUGCGGAGAGUGUGAUUAGUACCAAGAGUGGGAAGGGAGACACGGCAAAGACCAAGAAGCCUGUCAAGCCGAGAGUGAAAAAAGAGCCCGAGCCCGAGAAGACAUGGGCUUUUGUUCGGAUGUAG